GUGGGGCAGGAUGUGAUUCAGUUUAUUAUGGACUGAGCCAACAGAGAGUGCAGCACAGCAGACACACUGUCAGAGCGGGACAGACUGGAAAGCAUCAGUGGGAUAACUGAGUCUGACACACAUCACGUUUUGAGAGGGUCAAAACUCCUUCCAGCAUGAACAACUUCGGUCCAUCUUUGCUCCUCUCCAAUGCCAACGACACAAACCCAGAGGAAGACAGCGUUGUGAGCAAUGACUUCUCCACGGCGUUGGGUGCCCUCAUCCUCAGCCUGGUCUUCCUCAUGGGCGUGCCUGGAAACCUCUUCAUUGUCUGGAGCAUCCUAGCACGUAUCCGGCGGCGCUCAGUCACCACCCUCCUAAUCCUCAACCUGGCGUGUGCCGACGGCUUCCUCAUGGCCCUCACCAUCUUCUUCAUUGUCUACCUUGCUAAGCAGUCGUGGGUCUUUGGUUAUGUCAUGUGCAAAGGCCUGUUCUACUUGUGCAACGCCAACAUGUACGCUUCCAUCUUUCUGAUCACACUGAUGAGCGUGCACAGGCUGGUGGUCGUGGUGUUGCCGAGGAGGGUGUCUUCCCUGGUCAGGACGAACAUUGUGAGGAGGGUCAUCAUAGGCAUGUGGGUGCUGGUGAUGCUGAUUUCGAUCCCCUCGCUCAUUUUUCGAGACGUGAGAGAGGACAAAGAUGAUAUGAAUAACACAAGAUUGGUGUGUGCGCCCAUGCACACCGAGCCUCGACACGUGAGGUUUCAGUAUUCCUUAGAGACGGUUGCAGGAUUCAUUCUUCCUUACGCAGUCAUCAUAACCAGCUACGUGCUCAUCCUGAGACGCCUGAGGCAGACCAGGUUUCGCAGAAAGGUCCGCAGCGAGAAGCUCAUCCUGGCCAUUGUGGUGAUGUUUGGUAUGUUCUGGCUGCCAUACCAUGUUAUCAACAUGAUGCAGGUGGCAGUUGAGUGGUACCCAGAGGAUUCACCCACAAGAGAUACAUUGGACCACAUUGCUAAGUCCAGUCGUGCGGUGACCUCGGCUUUGGCCUUCAUCAGCAGCUGUGCCAAUCCUGUCCUCUACAUCUUUGCUGGGAAGUCCUACAUCAAGCGGAACGGCCUCGCCUUCAUGGCUCGGCUCUUUGAGGGCACGUCGUUGGACCAGACAGGAACCAAAAAGAGUCGGGUCGUGGGUAAAGACACCGUGGUAAACAGUAACGCCGACUCUUCAAACGGCACAGGAAUUAGUCUUUCACAAAACGGGAGAUGAGCGUUGAAUGAACUUGCAUAAAUGGGAGAAAAAUUGUAAAUCUACAUGUGGAGUCUGUGUGUUUGGCUACAUGUGAGCCUGAAUUUGCUGCGCUUAGAAAAUACAGACGAAACCAAAGCUAGUGCUGACUGUUCUGUAGAUAAUAAAACAUAAGUUGGACUGAAGUCAGAAGCCUGCAUCAGAAAUGUAUAUAAUUAUUUUUUUACUGUUUCUUUUCUGUAUUAUAUUAUAAUUUUGCGUCUGUCACAGAGAAUGACACUUGAAUAAGGAAAAAACAAUAACUACAAAAUAUCUAUCAGUUUCUUCUUGGGGAGCUUUGUGAGAAAAAAAAAAAACACCUUUCUUUUUAAUGUCUUUUUAAUCCCCCUAUUAAGCAUUUACAAGCAAUAAACAGUUAAUAACUCAUGACACUAUAAUGUAGUUUUAUGCAGAUAUGGCAUUUUUAAGUAUUUAUUAAUGUACAAUAUUUGCUAAUCCUAUCCUAUGAACACAUAUUAGAUAACAGCAUCCACUUGUAGAUGCUGACAGAUACAUUAACACACAUUUCUUCUAAGUCAGCCUACAUUAUAGCGUCAAACCUUUAACCCACAACACUGAAACCCCCACAUAAAUGUCACUUAUUUCCUAUAAGCUUAACUAACUCAUCAGAGCACAUUUCAGUUAUAAUCACUUCCAAAAGGCUCAACUACUUUUUUCUUUGCGAAUCAAGACCUCUUCAGUUAACUUAGGCGGUCACACACACACACACACACACACACACACACCAAGUAGUCUGAGAAUGUGGUGGGUGUGAGAUUCUUGUUCAGGGUAGAUCACCUCCCUCCCCUCUUUGAAACAUUUGGAGGUGGAUGCAGACAUGUGGUCACUCAGUACUCAAACUGAGCAUCACACUAAGAUGUUGUAAAACUGUGGCAUCAACUGCAUACAUGAAAAUCCAGGUACUGCAGAAUCUUUGCACCUUUUAUGAUUUUACAGUUUGUCAGUCAGGUCUGUAAGUUUUCUCAUUUGAAGCCCCCCCUCCACACACACACACACACACACACACACACACACACACACACACACACACUUUGCAGGGAGUAGAAACAGUGGAAUUUCUUGAUGCAGUAAUGACAGCAAACAGUUUGACUGCUGCAUGUGGAUAACAGCUUUGUCCGAGUUAUUUUUAAAUGUUUUGCACUGAUGGUUUUCCAUUUUCAGCACUGUAAUACAUGUUUUAUCCCCCGUUGCGAUUCAACAUGCUUUUUUUUUUUUUU